UUUGCAUAGAAGCCUAACUAGUGAAUGAUGCAGCGUGGUAGGGAAUCUAAAAAGUCCAAAUUAAAACCUAAGCUUGAUAAAGUAGGUGGGACAUUUCGGCUAGGUGGAAAGGAUAAAGCCAAAAGCAAGUCCAGUACAUAUUCUGGUAGACUUCCAUCAACAAAUGAGUCGGAAGAAACAAAUGGAGCCCAGUAUGGCUUCGGUCCUCAGCGGGACGGAAUCAGCACACUGUCUGAGAAAGAAGUUACAGAAAAAUUUGAGCAAAUGCUGGAUGACAUGAACUUGACUGAAGAAAAGAAGGCCCCUCUUCGCAGUAAAGACCUCAAUCUCAAGAGAUCUAUGUUGGCCAUGCAGUGGAAAGGUGCAGUCAAGAAAGGUGGUGACCUAGACAGUCCUGGAAGUUUUGUAACUGAAUUAAGGAAUGCAGAUCUGAAAGGAGAGAAAAGACUGAGAGUGCUAGAAUCUCUGAGAGUGUCACUCACAAGUAACCCAGUCAGCUGGGUUAGUGAGUUUGGACUGAAUGGCCUGAAUGCCAUCCUGAGGAAUCUGACAUAUUGUUGUGAUUCUAAAACAGAAAGAAAAAGUACCUAUGAGUGUGUACGAUGUCUGAAAGCCUACAUGAAUAACAAGUGUGGAUUAGUGAAUAUAAUAAACCACGAAGAGGCUCUGACGAUACUAUCCCGAACAGUUGACCCCUCCGACCCCAAUACCAUGCUGGAGGCAGUGCGACUGUUGGCUGCCGUGUGUCUGGUCCCCCCAGAUGGCCAUGGGAAGGCAUUGGAAGGUAUCACAGUGUGUGGGGAGAUCCGUGCAAGGGAUCGAUUCAUUCCUAUCAUUAUGGGUUUGGGUAUGAGAGACAACCAGCCAAUGCAAGUAGCCUGCAUACAGCUAGUGAAUGCCAUCAUCAGUACCCCGGAUGACCUAGAUUUUAGAAUACACCUCCGCAACGAAAUAAUGCGAACUGGGCUUAUAGACCUCAUUGGGUGGCUAGAUAAUCAGGAGGACCAUGAACUAAAGACACACGUACAGAUUUUCCAUGACCACAAAGAAGAAGACUUUGAAGAAUUUUCACACAGAUAUGAUAAUGUUAGGAUAGGGUUUGAGGAUACACGGCAGUGUUUUGAGCUGGUGGCUAACUCUGUGAAGGAUACGGUGGCUGAGCCUUACUUCUUGUCUAUCUUGCAGCAUCUUCUGUGUAUCCGGGAUGAUGUUUACUCUAGGCCACAAUACUACAAGUUAAUAGAGGAAUGCGUGACCCAGAUUGUUCUACAUCGUUCAGGAACUGAUCCCGAUUUUAGACACACAAUACGCUUUGAUGUGGAUGUUGACCCUCUUCUAAGCAGUCUGGAAGAUAAAUCCAAAUUCGAGGAUGCAGAAGUCAGUAUUGUUGAAAUGAACUCUAAAUUAGAAACAGCCAUAACUGCUAAACAGGAGUACGAGGCUCGCGCAAUGACGUUAGAGGAGAGGGUGAAAAAAUACGAGGAGGAACUUGUGGCAAUGAAAGAGAAACUGCGACUGGGAAUAGGAAAUACCAUCAGCAACUCAAAAGCAUUGGGUGGCCCAGGGAGUGGACCCCCACCACCUCCACCUCCCCCUCCUCCAUUCCCUGGGGGUGGUGCUCCUCCCCCUCCCCCUCCUCCACCACCUCCUGGUAUGGGUGGUGGUCCCCCUCCCCCUCCACCACCACCGCCUCCUGGUAUGGGAGGUGGUAUUCCUCCACCACCACCCCCUCCACCUGGAAUGGGUGGUCCUCCUCCACCUCCACCUCCCCCAGGGACUCCACGACCUCCAGGGGCGCCCCCUCCUCCCUUCAGUCCAGCUGCUCCGUCCCCACCUGUCAAUGCUCUACCACAUGGAAUGCAGCCCAAGAAGAAGUAUGAGGUUGGAGCUCAGACCAAGCGGAUUAACUGGAAUAAGGUCAACUUGAAAAAUAUAGAGAAGGAUUCCUUCUGGGUUACUGCCAAAGAACAGAAGUUUGAGAAUGACAACAUUUUCAAGGGUCUAGUGGAAAACUUUGGUACAAUGUCCAAAACUAAAAAGGUUGACACCACAGAAAAUACUGAGAAGAAAAAAACAAGUAAAAAGACAAAGGAACUAAAGGUUUUGGAGGGAAAAGCAGCACAAAACUUAUCGAUCUUGUUGGGUUCGAUCAAGGUACCGUAUGAAGAGAUACGGCGCCGUAUUCUAGAGAUGGAUGAGUCACACCUGUCUACAGCACUACUGGAGCAGCUUAUUAAGUACAUGCCCGAGCCAGAACAGAUCAACAAACUUGCUUCCUUCAAAGACCAGUAUGAUGACCUGGCCGAGUCUGAACAGUUUACAGUAACAAUAAGCAGUAUAAAAAGAAUUACGCCUAGAUUAAAGUCAAUGCUCUUUAAAAUGAACUUCCCUGAGCUGGUUUCAGAAAUUAAACCAGACGUGGUAGCUGCCAUCGAAGCCUGUGAGGAGGUUCGGAACAGUAAAAAAUUCAACAGUCUAUUGGAAUUAAUAUUAUUCAUGGGAAACUAUCUUAAUGCAGGUUCCAGAAAUGCUCAGUCUGUAGGGUUUGAACUGAGUUACCUGAGUAAGCUCCACAACACCAAGAGUCAGGAUGGGAAGACCACUCUAGUCCAUUACCUUGCUGAUGUCAUAGAACAGCAACACCCAGAUCUCCUUACCUUCACAGAAGAGCUGUCCUAUGUUGAAAGGGCUGCCCGAGUUGCAACAGAAUUGGAUGUUAAGAAAAUACAAAGCAAGGGGCCUUUCAUGUCUGAUGUUGACCUUGACUUUGGUGACGUGUUCCUAACAUCAGCAAGGGAACAGCAGUCCGUCCUCAGUGGGAUGUACAAGAAAAUGGACAAUUUGUACAAAGGCAUGGCCAAGUUCUAUGCCUUUGAUGUAAAAAAAUAUACAAUGGACGAGUUCUUUGCAGAUCUCAAGGCAUUCAAAGAGCAUUUUGUGGAAGCUGUAAAAGAAAAUGCCAAAAUUCGAGAAAUGCAGGAGAAGAUUCGCCGAGCUAAAGAGGCUAAGGAGCGCGCUCAGAAGGAAAAGGAGGCUAAAAUAGCGAGGAAGAAAGCACUGGUUGAUGUAACCAUUGAUGAUGACCAGGAAGGAGUGAUAGACAAUUUACUAGAUGCUCUGAAGACAGGAUCAGCCUUUAACAAGGGAAGAGAUGGCAAGCGUCGAACACCACGUGCCGCAGGAGCUGAACGCCGAGCCCAGCUAUCUCGGUCAAGGUCACGACAAAAUCUUCUCCAGGUGGAUAAUUCAACAGUGCGAGAAAUUUCAUUUGAGGAUGUGCUAAAUUCAGACACUCCACCGCGUGAACGGACUAGUGUACCUGUGGAAAAACCAAGGGAGCGAAAACGCGAACGGAGGAAGCCAUCUGAAGGAGAAAGCGAAGCAGAAAAACUUUUAGCAAGGUUGAAAGAAUUAUGAUGAGCUAAUCGUUUCAAGAGAAGAAUGUUAUUGAAGGGACCAAAACAUGAUGAUACAUAUCUGAUGUUGUUAUAUAUGUGUUGACCUUCCGUUUUUGAGAAAGUUAUACUGUAUAUAUUGAAAUGUUAAACAUAUAUCCCAAAACCAUGUACAUGGCUACUUUAUAAAGUCACAACUUUAGAAAAUGUUUCUAGAAAUGAAAAUAUAUUAGAAUUGUGCCUGAAAUAUGGAGAACUGAAUUGUGACAUCUGAUUGACAUUGUAAAGUUUACAGGUAGAAGAUUAUAGUGUAAAUUGUUGUACAAGAUCAUUAUUGGCAAAACAGCUCUAACCUUUACAAUAUUGUGAAGGACAAGUUCACUUGAAAUCAAAAGUUGAAGAGUUGUGGGGUUUUGAUAGCAUUUUUGUUGUCUGUCCAUGAUUCGGGCAAUAGCAUUCCCAUUAAAAACAUCUUCUGAAGAACCUGAAGGUUCAGAAUUUUAAGAUAAGGCCUGUAACUUGCUUAGGAGAAGAGCUAAUUAAAUUCUAUUUACCUUUUAUGGUCAUCUUGGACAAAGAUGUUUAAAAUUUCAUCUUCAGAACUGAAAAUACUAUAGUUAAAACUAUAUAAUAUUCAUCAUGUAAUUUAUGGAGAUAGACUUUAACUCAUUUGUCAUAACAGACCGAACUGUGCUGUCUAGUCACUUUUGUCCUUCAGCAUGAACCUAGAAAACUUAUUUGUUCAAAUCAACGACCUUGACACACUUACAAAAAAAAAAAAAACCAAACAAGGUGAACAUUUAAGAUUUAUUUACAAGGUUGUCUAAAUGGUAUGAACUUGAUAAGACAUGAAGAUAUUGAUUCUAGUUGAUCAAUUAUUAUUUCUAUAAUUUUUAUAUACUAUGAUAAUCCUCUGAUAACGAUAAUGUCUGACAAAGCAACCCUUUAGAGAAUUAUUUACCCUAUAUAAAAUGUGUCUUUAUAGAUGAGUGAGAAAAAGGAACAUUGUGAAUUUUUUUUUUAUUUCAACUUACCUGAUGUAUAAAGAAAUUAAACGGAACUACCUAGUUUAAACUAAUCAUCACUUAAUUAAAUUUUGAAAAAACAACCUUCCACUGUAAUAUUGUACAUCACUAAUGAAAUAUCGCUAAGAUAUUUAUAUUCACAAUAAUUUGUUAGAAGAGAUGGUUUUAAAAUC